CGAUGUAGCAGCAGUGUCGCCUGUCUACUUUUCAGCGUCCAUCGAACGCUAGCAUGUGGCCGUGAUUCUUUCUUGGUGUACUUUCCAGAUGCGAAUCUAUAGCUACUCUUUUUCAGCAUACAACAAGUAAAUUAGACUCUCCUUCGUGUUCUUGUCCGUGUACACGGUGUCUUGUUUACUUCGGCGCGGCCAUGGCACAGCCCCUACACUUCGUCCUGGUGCCGCUCCUCGCGCCGGGCCACGUGAUCCCCAUGCUUGACCUGGCGCGCCUCAUCGCCGGCCACGGCGGCACGCGCGCCACCGUGGUCCUGACGCCCGUCACCGCCGCGCGCAACAGAGCCGUCCUGGAGCACGCUUCCCGCGAGGGGCUCGCCGUCGACGUAGCCGAGCUCCAGUUCCCGGGCCCGGCGCUGGGGUUGCCUGAGGGGUGCGAGAGCCACGACAUGGUCACAGACAUCUCCGGCAUCAUGCUCUUCUAUGAAGCCGUGUGGCUGCUCGCCGGGCCGCUGGAGACGUACCUCCGGGCGUUGCCACGCCGGCCGGACUGCCUCGUCGCCGACACUUGCAACCCGUGGACGGCCGACGUCGCGCGCCGGCUUGACGUUCCACGGUUUGUGUUCCACGGCCCCUCAGCGUUCUUCAUCCUGGCGCAGCAUAGCCUGGCCAAGCACGGCGUGCACGACACCGACAGCGUCGCCGGCGACUUCGAGCAGUUCGUGGUGCCCGACUUUCCUGAGCGCGUCGUCACGAGCAAGGCCACGUCUCUUGGGUUCUUCCAGUAUCCUGGGAUGGAGAAGGAAAGGCGUGACACGCUGCACGCCGAGGCCAGCGCCGACGGCUUCGUCUUCAACACCUGCGCGGCUUUCGAGAGCGCGUACAUCAAGGGAUACGGGGCGGCGCUCGACCGGAACGUGUGGGCGGUCGGACCGCUCUGCCUUCUGGACUCCGACGCGGAGACGACGGCCGGAAGAGGCAACCGCGCGGCCGUCGACGCCGGCUCGGUCGCCACUUGGCUCGACGCGCGGCCGCACCAGUCCGUGCUCUACGUCAGCUUCGGCAGCAUGGCCCGCCUCCUCCCUUCGCAGGUCGCGGAGCUCGCCGCCGGCCUGGAGUUAUCAAAUCGCCCGUUCAUCUGGGUGACUAGGGAGACCGCCGACCUCGACGCCGGGUUCGACGAGCGCGUGGAGGGCCGCGGCCUUGUCAUCCGUGGGUGGGCGCCGCAGGUGAGCAUCCUGUCGCACCCGGCGGUGGGCGGCUUUCUGACGCACUGCGGGUGGAACUCCACGUUGGAGUCGCUCUCCCACGGCGUGCCGCUGCUGACAUGGCCCCACAUGGCCGACCAGUUCUUGAACGAGACGCUGGUCGUGGACGUGCUCGGCGCCGGCGUCCGCGUUGGCGUUAAGGUGCCGGCCAUGCAGGUGUUCCUGAACCCCGAGGAGCAUGGAAAACAGGUCGGGAGAGACGACAUCACGAGGGCACUGGCGGAGCUGAUGGAUGGUGACGGGGCGGGAAUACGGACGACGGCGAAGAAGCUCGCGAGGAUGGCGAGGGAGGCGAUUGCGGAGGGCGGGUCGUCGGACCGGGAUGUGGCGGAUAUGGUUCGCCAUGUCGGGGACCUCGCGCACAGGAAGGAGAAUGGGCGUGCUGGUCCUUGACGUGCCCGAGUUUGGAAGCAACUAGAAGAUGGAUGGUCAAGCCAAACAUUUCGCUGUAGUUUUUGUUUUUUUGAAAUUGCUGUAGGAUAAAAAAAAUUCAGGUACUGUAGGAUAAUUAUUAAGACAUGAAUAACAGGCCACGCGGAUGUGGUGAAACAGGUGUGGAGUA